AUUGAUGUAAAGUGAAUAAUUUAGUGUGCAAAAACUUUAUGCUUGGGGUAGUUCAGAAUGUGAUUAAUUUUUGGCAAAAGAUGAAGAUGAUGAUGAAAUAUAUGAAAUAAAGAGACCUUAUUUGAUUAAAGAAUUAAGCGGUUUAUCUGUUGUAUAAAUAGCAUGUGGAGGAAUGCAUGCUUUAAUUUUAACUUAAUAAGGAAAAGUAUUUGUAAAGUUAGCUAAAUAAGGUUUAUUCUUUUGGUUGCGAUGAUAAAGGAGUAUUAGGAAGGCCUGAAAUAGAAGGAUAGGAUUCAAGAUUACCAGAAUUGAUUACAGAUUUACCUCCUGUAAAUAUGAUAGCUUGUGGAAGUUCUCAUUCAAUAGCAGCAAAUUCUAAUGGUUUAGUAUAUUUUUGGGGGUUUUAUGCGAAUACUCAUGGUCCAAUAGGUGAAGCAGUAUCAAAACCAAAAAAAUUGAAUGAUAUAACAAAUGGAAUCAAAAAAAUCUUAUGUGGUUAAAACCAUUCUAUGGUGUUAUUAGAUAAUUUUAAAGUAAACAGCUUAAAUCAAAAAACUAGUUACUGACUUGGGGAGAUGCAGAAACAUUAGUAAUAGGAAGAAAAAGUGAAACAAGAAGAUCAAUAAAAUAAAAUUUAAACCCAUAACCUAUUAAAAUGAAAAGACCAAUUUUAGAUAUAUUUACAGGGGCUUCACAUGCCUUUGUAAAAGUUUUAUUAAAAGAUAAUAAAUAAGGAAUAUAUGCAUGGGGUCUAAAUAAUUAUGGUUAAUUGGGAAUUGGAAAUCAAGAAAAUUAGUAACUUCCAAUUUAAGUUGAGUUUUUUGAGAAUAUAGAUAUUAUAGAUAUGGUUGGAGGAGAACAUCAUACAAUAGCUUUAGAUAUUGAAGGAAAUGUAUAUUGUUUUGGAAGAAAUGAUGAUGGCUAAUUAGGUUUAGGAGAAGAAUUAAAUGAAAAGUUGAGAAUUGAGGCAGAAAAAUAAAGAAUUUUAGAAGAGGAACUAUAUUAAUAGUAAUUAAAUAAAAAAAAAACAAGUAAAAAAAAUAAAUAAGGAGAUUUAUUUGAAGUUUAAAAAUCCUAAAAAGCUAUUGGAUAUGAAUUCAUAACUACUCCUUAAAUAAUUAAUAAUAUACCAAAAAUGUAAUCAAUUUAUGCUUCUAUGCAUUUUAAUUUUGCUAUUUCUGAAAAGAAAUAAAUAUUUUCUUGGGGAAAUGGAUAAAGUUAUGUCUUAGGAACAAAAAAUGAAAAUUCUCAAUUUUAACCUAAAGAAGUAAUAGCUAUUUUAUUUAUAUUAUUUAGGUUACACAAAUAUUUAAAAAUGAAAAAUUAUUAUAAAUUUCUCUUGGUGCAAGUCAUGUAAUAGCUUUAACUUCUUCUGAUCACUCUUUUUAACUUCCAUAAGUAGAUGAAUGGCUUUUAAAAAUAAGUGAUCCAAAAUCAAAAUUAAAAAAAGGUCGAAAAAGCAAUAGUAGAGAAAUGAGUAAAGAGAAAAGUCUCUCAAUGAAAAGAAGUGUUUAAAAAUUUGAUGAUAGCUUAAUUCCUGUAAAAGAUUUAAGAAUUGAUUGA